CUGUAUUUACAUGCAUAUUUUAGUAACAAGAACCUGCAAAGCAGCAUUUAGCCUCGCAUUAAAAAAGAUUUCCAGGGUAGAUUAACAUUUUGAGACCUUUUGGCUCAAGAACAGAGAGUCCGAGAUAUAGGAGAACCCAGCACAGUUCAAAAGCUGAGAAAAAACAAGGAUGGACAGAGCUUAAAGUGUUUCAUACUCCACAAGAGUAUGGCUACAAUAAGUCAACAUACACAACUUCCUCUUCGAGUGGAAGAGUGGACGAGAGAUGAAGUUUACUACUGGCUGACUGAGCUGAUUCAAGUGAAAAAAAUACAUGCAGAUAAGCUGUACGAAGAAGAAGUCUCAGGGGAAGAACUAGUCUGUUACGAGCUCAAACAUCUGCAGGAUCUUGGUAUUAAGCAUGGUCCAGCUGUUAAGAUUAUCACCCGGUUAGAGAAGUUAAAAAUGAAAGAACAAGUAUCAUAUUCUUCUGACCAUUCCCACACACAACACAUAGAGGCCAGACCAAAGACAACAGUGGAAAACAAAGACAGAGCUUCAACAGAUCAAACAAAAAUAUUCAAAGGUGCAAAAAAAUCAAAGAGAAAAUCACACAAAAAAGAAAAUUCUGAAUUUAGAAGGACUAAUUCUAUGGGAAAAGAUUCAAUGGAUGACCUCUCUCAAAGAAACACUCCAAUAGAAUACCCACAACCAAAUGAACCUGUAAGGGCAUCCCCUUCACAAAAUAAAACCAAUCCACUUUCAGGAACUUCAAGUUGUACAUCUUUCAAAGAAACCAAACUAACAGAGUCAGCUGACCCUGAAACAUUGGACAUCAGUGCUGAUAAAGUAGCUGAAACAGAAAAGGACAUAAAGAAGUCUGGAUCCUUAAAGCCCUCAUGUACUCUCCAUCCAUUUGAUCAGAAUUCUGCUUCUCAUCGAUAUAUUCAAAACUACACUUUACCACCAGAGACCGGACCCGGUAAUCUGACAGAUCCAGUUCAUGAGUAUAAGUUUAUGGGCAGAACAGAUGAUAUGAAUGUGAUGAAGAAAAAGUUCAACAAAGAGGUGUUUCGUUUUGCUGCUGGUUGUAUGAACAGCCGUACAAAUGGAACCAUCCACUUUGGUGUAGCGGACUCCAAAGACUCUCUAUACGCUCAUGCUGAGAUCAUUGGGGUCAGUCUUGACAAGAAGGACACCAUCAUUGAUCACUUUAAUCAGGGUAUUAAAUCGUACUUUGAAGAGCACACAGAUGAUGCAAAGGCAUGCAUCAGGCAGCCACGCUUUGUAGAAGUCCUCUGUCCUGACGGCACUCUAUCUGGCAAAUAUGUCAUAGAGGUGGAUGUUAUUCCAUCACACAGCAUAGUUCAGGGUAAGUUGUUUGCUAUCCAGACUCUGGAUGAGGACAAUCAAUGGAAAAGGAGCAAAGGAAAAUCACUCUUCAUCAGAGAUGGAGCGGCAACACGAGAUAUCUAUAAAAUUGGGAAUCAAAAAGACUUACAAGAUGAACUGACAAGAAUAACUAACCAAAUAAAUGUUCUGGAUGACAGGAGGAAAGAGGCAGAAAAGAGGCCUGAAAGCAAGGGAACAUCAAACCAGGGGGAAAAGCUGAAGAAUCUGAUAACAUGUGGAAGCGGCAAACUGGACAAUUAUGAAUACUUCAUCAUUGUUACAAACAAAAGCCACCCUGAACAACUCCAGCAUCUUCAGUUCAUGACAAUAUUGAGAUUGUUCUGUGUACUUGACUAUGAUGCUAACUCUGUAGUAAAUGGGUCCUGCAACAACUAUAGACAAGUUCGAUUUGCAAACCUUCACAUGCCAAGUCAGUUCAAUGGAGAUCCAGGAAUAGUUGUGAAAAAUCUAAACUUGUACAAACAAACAAGUUGGGUAUUUUGUAAUGGCAGAGAAGACAUCGACACUGAAUCUGAGCAACCACUCAGACCAAGUGAAUGGUUAAUACACAAAGCAGGAGAGGUACAAGACAUGAUUUCAUUCCUCUGCAACCGUGAUACUCUUCGAAGAGGACGAUUCUUAGUCAUAUUCCUCCUACUCUCCACGGUUGAGGCCAUGAAUGAUCCAAUGUUUGACACAUUCAUGUCGUUUUAUAAAAACCUUGGGGGUACAGAGAACAUUUUAUGUAUUUGUACUUCAGAUGCUUCCUUUCAAAUGUGGAAGGAUUUCAUUCAAACCAGAUGUGAACAUGACAUCAGUCACCGGAGUGUAUAUGACCUGGAGCUCAGUGAAAUCAAUGGGACAAUACUGAAACUGGGCCAGAACAAGCAAAAUGCUCUGAAACUUCUUCCAUCUGCUGAGGGAAGUUCAGUGAUUCUCAAACAGAACGAUGAGGACCUGAUGCCCUCUCUUAAGAUCCUUUGUGAAAAUGAGUGUGAGAAUGUGUUAGAUGAGAAUAGUCCAGAAUUCCAAGAAUUACAAAUCAAAACAGAAGCUGAAUUCUACAGAGGUGACGAAGUGAAAUGGUGGAAUUUCUAUUUCUCAGAAAAAAAUACAUCAAAACCAUUCAUAAAACGGGACAAAUAUGAUCAACUUAAACGUAUGAUCGAAACUAAAACCAAAAAUCCAACAAGCACAUGCAUCAUGGUAAACCUUUUUCAUCACCCUGGUUGUGGGGGCACCACUUUAGCCAUGCAUGUAAUGUGGAACCUGAGGAAAGAUUUUCGUUGUGCAGUUCUGAAAGACAACACCGUUUCUAAGCUUAAUGUAGCACAAGAAGUUGCCUACUUGGUAAGGUGUGGAAAAAACGAGACUUCACAGACAACGCCAGUACUUUUAUUAGUUGAUGACUCCGAAGAGACGGAAAAUACAGUGGAACUUCAAAACUGUAUACGAAAAACUCUUGAGGAAAUUUCUCCAAAUGCACUUGUGGUCGUACUAAACUGUUUACGUUCAAAAACCCCAAAAGUAAGAUACUCAAACAGUGUCAUUGAGAGUCAGUACAUCACAGCAACACUAUCUAAAGAAGAAAUGGAUGCCUUUGAGAUGAAACUAAAGGAACUGCAAAAAACGCAUGAAAAACCAGAAAAUUUCUAUAGUUUCAUGAUCAUGAAAACAAACUUCAGUCAAGACUAUGUCACAAAUGUUACUCGUAAUAUUCUGAAAGAUCUUGAAAUUGACAGACGAGCACAACUUUUCUCAAUUCUGGCAUUACUGAAUUCCUAUGUGGCUGAAUCAGCGAUUUCUGUGUCCCUGUGUGAGGAUUUUCUUGGCAUUAAAAGAAAUUUAUGGAUGAAGCAAACAGUUUUGGAUGAAAUGGAACCUCAGUCCUGCUUGCUAAUUGAGUUUGAAGUUGAGGAAUGUGGAGUGUACAAAGCAAUACGUUUUGUUCAUCAACGUAUUGCAACAGAGUGUGUCAAAGAGUUAGAAGAGACACACAAAAUCCCAAGAUCUGACAUAGUCCAAAAUAUGCUGCAUUUUGACUUGUUUUUUAAAAGUGGGAUAGGAAAAGACAACCUCUUGCAGUCAGUAAAAAGCAUGCUAAUCACACGACAACGCAAGACAGAAGGUGAUGAGAAAGACACACUCUUUUCUCUUUUGAUAGAGGACAUCAAUAAACAGAAUGACGGACUAAAAAAAAUCCAGGACAUCUUUACAGAGGCAUCAAGGCGAUUUGAUAAGGACUUUGUAAUUCCUCAAGCUUUAGCAAGACAUUUCUAUCUGAAUGAAAAGAACUUUGAAUUAGCAAAGGAUUGGGCAAAUACUGCUAAAACCAUCAAAGAGAAUUCAUAUACACUUGACACAGUUGGACAGGUCUCUAGAAGUGAGCUAAAACAUAAAAUUGAUUGCAAAAAGCAAGAGAACAAAACAUCCACACCUGAUGACUUGAAUGAAUAUCUCAAUCUAGCUGAUGCAGCAAUAAAAGCUUUCCAGAGGGCCCAAAUCUUGGCAAAGACAGAUCUGGAUGAGACAGAUCUGAAAGAGACAUUUCAUAGGAAACCAAACACCUACAACAUAUCUGGACACAUGAGCGAGAUUGACAUUGCUAUGACAGUCUUUGACAUUGUAAGGGGUCUGCCGUUGUUCGAGGAGGGGGACCACAUGAAAGAUUAUUACAUUCAGCAGUUUUUCAAAGGAAAAAUGUCCAUAACAAACUUUCCCAUUUUCAAGAAUGAUGCUAACAACAAACGGGUUGAUAUUCUUAAGGAGUAUGAACCAUUCCUUUGGUCUUUGAAGACACACGUAGACAAAGCCUUUGAUUUCCUUGAAGUUUUCUUCACUUACACAAGAGAAAAGGGCAUCGUUGACAAAGAAAAGCAGUUUAAGAACAGGGAAAAGCUCUCUGAGCACUUUAAAAAAUACAUCUCCCUGUUUUGCUCUUCAUCAGAGGAAACACUAAAUGAGAAAAAACGUAAACCAAAUCUCAGCAUGAACAUGAAAAUUGAGGAAUGUCGAAUGUUCCUAGAGGAAAUCAGAGCAAACAAUUUUCCAAGAAUUCUUCAGUUUCUGGAGUUCAAAAAAAACAUGAUCGAGUUAAUUGUUGAAAAGCAUGCCUUCAUAUACAAGAAUUGUGACUCCAAAUCUCUCAAAGACAAAACAAACCAUUUGCUUGCCCACAUAAUUCUUAAGUUGAAUAAACCAAACUCAUCACUUUCAAAAACCCAAAGAGAAAUUGCUGAUCUUUUGAAAGAACUCUUGCAAGAAGCUGGGACACAGCAUCAACACCCAGAGCCUUACUACCUUGCUAUAUUGUUGCUGUGGCCUGGAAAAAAUAACACUGAUCCACGAAUAACAACAUAUGUGGAAAUGCUAAAAAAAUCCUCCAGAAGGCAACUCUCACACAUUUUUAGAGUCAGAAAUCCAAUUGCCCACUUCUAUCUGGGGAAGUCUGAUGGAUUAGAAAGAUUGGUUUCCAAAGCAAACCUUGACAGCGACUUCAGUAAAGUAAGAGACCGCAAUGUCCUAUGGCAAAAUGCAGACAUUUUCAAAGAACAGGCAAUUAAAGACAAGCUCUUCAGAGUAAACGGCACGUUGGAGCAUGGUGAGCUUUAUGCAGAGUAUGGAAAGCUAAAGAUCCCUGUGCGACGCACCUACCUUGGAGGACAUAGCGGUCAUAGUACAGAGAGGGUGACUUUUUACAUUGGCUUUGCUAUUGAUGGUCCACUUGCCUAUGACAUUCAGUAUGCAGACAUGAGAAUGGAAAAAUAAACAAUCCAUUUCUCUCCUUCAUCUAAAUUUACUGGCUGAGAGGAUCUUUCUAACCAGAGACUGGAGAGAGAGAGAAAAAAAAAGGAGAAUUCUGCAUGAUCAUAUGAUUCCCUGCAAGACUGGCAUGUUAUUUAUUGGAAUGUUUUUAUAAUCCAAUUUUAAAUCAAGCAGCCAAUUCUUAAAUUAUACUAGUUAUAUUACACUUAACACACAUGAUAAUAAUAUGAGAUGUAAUCAGAUGUAACUUUUGUCAACCUGAUGUUUGUAUAUAAAUAAUAUUUGUCAGCCUCAUGCUUUUCAGUUUUCAGGAUUCGUUGUAGUGAAUGCUGAUAUUUCUUUGAUAUUAAAGUACCAUGAA